AUGAAGCUGUGCGUUUUUUUCCUUGCGUUAUGUGCCGGAUUACAAGGUUCGCGAGGAGCAUGUCCGAUAGACUUUCAGCAGUACGGCGAAAGUUGCUACAAAGUCUUCUUCGAACCUGUGUCAUGGAUAGACGCCAAGAAAUACUGCCAGGUUUUCGGUGGAGAUUUAGUGAAGAUUGAAACACAAGAGGAAGAAGCAAUGCUGGAUAAUGUACUGAAUGAUGUACAUACCAAUAAGAGUGCUAGGGUUGAAAACUACUGGAUAGAUGGGUCGGACGAAUUGUUUGAAGGGGAGUGGAGAUGGGUAGGAACACCUGGCUACUCACAAAUUAUCUCCGGCUACACUCACUGGGCACCAAACCAGCCUGACAACGACGACGGCACAGAAAACUGUAUGCAGAUCAGAUUCGAUUUCAAUCUCUACUGGAAUGACGAAGAGUGUACUGACAAGGAUAGUUUCAUUUGUGAGGCUGAGUAUUCUGAUGGUAUCAUUACCGGAGAAGUCAUUGGUUGA